AUGUCCAUUAUUUCUGAUAACAAUACUUUUUUCUGUAUAGGUAUAACUCCUACAGAAAUUGCAGAAGGUUAUGAGAAAGGCCUAGACAAAUGCCUAGAAAUUCUUCCUACCUUGAUUACACACGAGAUAAAAGACGCCAAAAAUUAUGAAGAGGUGAAAAAGGGCAUCAAGACAGCUAUUAUGUCAAAACAGUAUGGAAAUGAAGACUUUUUAGCUGAUCUAGUUGCUAAAGCUUGCAUCUCCAUAAUGCCUGAACAGACCACCUUCAACGUAGAUAAUGUCAGGGUCUGCAAAGUGCUCGGUGGAGGUUUACACAACUCAGAGGUGAUCCAAGGCAUGGUCUUCAAAAAGCAAGUGGAAGGUGAGGUGACCAAGGUAGAAAAAGCAAAAGUGGCAGUAUACAGUUGUGCAGUAGACAUCCUGCAGACAGAAACAAAGGGCACGGUGCUGAUUAAAACUGCCGAUGAACUGAUGAACUUCAGCCGCGGCGAAGAGAGCCUUUUGGAGAACCAGAUCAAGGCCAUUGCAGACACUGGGUGCAAGGUUAUUGUGUCAGCAGCGAAAUGUGGAGAUAUGGCAUUGCAUUAUCUCAACAAGUAUGGGAUUAUGAUUGUCAAGCUCAAUUCUAAGUUUGACUUGAGGAGGCUAAGCAAAACUGUUGGAGCUACAGUGUUGCCAAGAUUGACAGCUCCCACACCACAAGAGCUGGGGUACGUGGAUUUGGUUUGCGUGGAAGAACUUGGUGACACCCCAUUGGUUGCGUUUAGACAGGAGGGCAAAGAGUCCAGGAUAGCUACAGUGGUGAUUAGAGGCGCCACUGAUAAUUAUAUGGAUGAUAUUGAGAGAGCUAUUGAUGACGGUGUGAACACAUUCAAGUGUCUGACUCGCGAUGGACGCCUGGUGGCAGGUGCCGGCGCUUGCGAAGCGGAACUGGCGGUACAGUUGACGAAAUACGCGGAUACUCUACCCGGAUUGGAACAAUAUGCAGUCAGGAAGUUCGCCACGGCUUUGGAGAGCUUCCCCAAGGCUUUGGCAGAGAACAGCGGACACAAAUCAACGGCCGUUUUGGAGAAAAUCCUGGAGGCGCAUCAGACUGGCAAGAAGACGGUAGGAGUAGACAUAGACUCCGAGAACACGAUCUGCGACGCCGUCGAAAAGGACGUCCAGGACAUUUAUUCCCAGAAAUAUUGGGGCCUGAAGUACGCCGUCGGUGCAGCGGCAACAGUACUGCGCGUAGACCAAAUCAUCAUGGCCAAGAAAGCUGGUGGGCCGAAACCAAGACAGCCGCAAGGAAGUGACGACGAAUCUUAAAAGGCGCCACGUACGAGUAUUUUUCGUAUUUUAAUCUCACUCACAAUGUUCACACAUAAGUAUUUAAUGUACCGCGCAGUUUGUUACUAAGUUUUUGAAAUAAACGCAAAACUACA